ACUUGACAGCUAACCUCAAAUUUCUCGGAAAAAAAAAACAAAAAAUCAUCAAAACCAAAAGUAUAAUAAAACUCUAAAAACAAAAUGUCGAAUAAAGAAUUUAAACUUAGCCAGACACUAUACGGACACUCCUUGGACGUAAGAUCUCUUGCAGUCACGUCGCACAACGACAUCAUAAGCGGAUCCCGAGACAAAACCGCGAAAUGUUGGAAAUUCAACUCCUUCCAAAACACUUUCGAGGAAAUCAUGACUUACAAGGACCAAAAGAACUUCGUGGCGAGCGUGUUAUACCUGGACCCCACCGAAGAGUUCCCCGACGGUCUCAUUAUUACCGGAGGAAAUGACAACUUAAUUUUAGUGUAUAAACCAUCGGAGCCCUUUGCUACAUUCACCAUCAAAGACCAUACAAACACCGUGAGUUGCCUGGGUAAAACCAACGAGCCCAACUCGUUUUUAAGCGGUUCCUGGGACACCACCGCCAAAUACAUUAAAAUAUCAGGCACCCCAAACUGUUUGGUAACUUAUACGGGCCAUGCUGCAGCAGUUUGGAGUGUCCUCCAACUGGGCGAUGGUAGAAUAGCUACAGCCAGUGCAGAUAAAACUAUAGGGAUAUGGAGCCAUAAUGGGCAAAAAAUUGUAUCUCUCACAGGUCACACAGACUGCGUAAGAAGCCUUGCGGACUUUCCAGAGCAAAAUAUCUUUAUGAGCGUUGCCAAUGAUGCCUCAAUAAAAGUUUGGUCCUAUGCAGGUGAAAAUAUAAACACCUAUUACGGCCCGACUAAUUACAUUUAUUGUAUAGCAAGGUGUAAACCGGAAGGGCCAAACUGUUUUGUAACAUCUGACGAAGAUCGCACAGUAAUGUUCUGGGAGAAUGGAGAAUGUAAACAAAAAAUAAAGUUGCCCGCUCAGUCCGUUUGGGCUGUAGCUUGCCUGUUUAAUGGCGAUAUUGUAACAGGCAGUAGUGAUGGGGUAGUCAGGGUUUUUACAAGGGAUGAGUCUAGGUAUGCAGAUGAAAUGGCUCUUACUAAGUUUGCUGAAGAAGUUGAAGCUUUGGAGAGGCAGAGUAUGCAAGAGAUUGGAGGGGUGAAGGUGUCAGAUUUGCCUGGAAAGGAAGCACUUUAUGAUCCGGGAAAGAGAAAUGGACAGAUGAAGAUGAUCAGGGAGGAUGGAAAGGUGAUAGCUUACACCUGGAUCCAAGAUGGCGAUAACAGCCACUGGGAAAAAGUGGGAGACGUGAUGGGCGGCACAGACAAAGACUCCUCGGGUAAAACCACGUACGAAGGUAAAUCGUACGAUUUCGUUUUCAGCGUUGACGUGGAGGACGGAAAACCGCCCCUAAAACUCCCUUACAAUAAGGGCGACGACGUGUAUCGGGCGGCACACGCGUUUUUAACCAAAAACUUUUUGCCCGCCGAGUACUUGGAACAGGUGGUAGAUUUUAUAUUGAAAAAUAGCAAGGAGCAGUACGUACCCCCGGCCAGUGAGUACCAGGAUCCUUUUACGGGUGGUAAUAGGUAUACGCCCACUUACCAAGAUAAUUCGGGACAGGUGGGCGUGAAUGUAGACCCAUUUACUGGCGGUAGUAGUUAUGCCACAAGUUCUACAAAACCUGCCUCUAGCUCCACUUCAAUAAGUAGCGGAGGAAAUGCGGACCCUUUUACAGGAGGCUCCAGCUACACCACCAAUGGAAGUUCUUCCACUUUCUUCCCGGUAACCAGUUAUCGCACUUUCGACUCGGGAGAUCCAACGGUGAUCCUCAAAAAGCUCAAAGAGUUCAACUCGCAACUCCCGGAUAACAAUAAGGCGAGCGAAUCGGAUUUGGAAAGUCUGGUGAAAAUAUGCGGAGGUUCAACCGAGGACCGGUCGAGCUACGAAGUGCUUUUUAGGCUCCUAAUGUGGCCCGAGGAUAAAAUCUUUCCCGUUUUGGAUAUAUUACGGAUGGCUGUCAGGCACGAGAUAAACAAUCGGGAAAUUGUGCGUAUGCACGACGGAGGAGUCAUUGAAGGGUUGAAGCGGUUUAUUUCUGGAUCGAAUAAGGUCCCUAAUAACACUAUCGUUGCUCUGAGGGCUUUGUGUAAUCUUUGUGUACACGAGGACGGGGAGAAUUUGAUUUUUGAUAACAGGUUCGAUAUCGUGGAAAACCUAACCUCAUUAAGUCAACUGAAUAAAAACGGUCAGAUAGCUUUGUCCACCCUCCUACUGAACCUGACCGUGAUGAGCGUAAAGAAAAACGACGAUUUGGGCUACUCGAUCUUGUCGCAAGUGCUCCCGGAUAUUUUAACGAAAAUGACCGAUCCCGAGUCGCAUUUUCGCGGUUACGUGGCGAUCGGUACCCUGGUGACGGGGGCCAACUCCCACAAACACGAACUGGUGGCCAAAAUCAAUGAAAACCAGAAUUUUUCGAGCACGUUACAGUUGCACAGUUUCGGGGGCAACGAUUCGGAGACGAAGAGGAGCCACUGCGUCAAGCAGCUGAAGGGUGUGCUUUAGAGAAGAAGAAGAUUCGUGUUUUUCCUCUGUAUAUUCUUUAUUAUUAUUAUUAUUAUUAUAUAAGCUGAAUUAUUUUCCGAUUUGUAAUAAGCGUUUUGGCUAUAUUGUGUUGAAUAAAAGUGAUUUUUGAAUUUC